AUGGUUACGGUUGAUGUCCACGACGGACCGAUUGAUUUGGUGUUGAACUUUGUCAGGGACAACAAUGACAAGUGUACAGUUCUGAAUGAACUAGACGACACUCUUUUGGCCAAAUACCGAGUGGUUAUGAACUUUAAGGAUGGGAACAAUAAAGGGCAAUAUCAAUCUAGGGUUAAGACUUUAAUGGAAGACUUAGUACAAAAAGGCUGGCCAUAUUACUCAUAUAAAGAAGAAGUCAAACGGUUCCUGAUCGAGAUAUUCACAGAAAUUUACCAUGGAAAACUCAGCUUAUUUAAUCUGGACGGUAAACAACUGAGGUUAAAGCAAUACUGCAAGAGCUUGACCAUUCAACCAUCGAUUCCAACAGAGAAGCCAACGAUGGAACCACCGAUUCCAACGCCCAGUAUAGACCCAGUAAGUCUACCCCCGACGUGUAGAGAUGAAUACCUUUACAAUAGAACGGAAGAGUUUAACAUUAUCGAUCCAACACUUGUGCUCAAGUAUAUUGACAUGCCUAAUGAAUGUGUCAAUCCAUCGUGGAAAAGAGUUCUGAUCAAAGACCGCCAACUAUCUCCCUAUCCUCUACAUCAUUCCCAGUACAAAAAUGUACAGAAAGUGCUUAGUGAUGGCUGCUUAGUGCAAAGUAUAACUCUUCCGUACCGUGCACAACUAACCACAGAGUGUAUAUCGAAUUCAAACAUUUGUGUGGUCACUAUUCCUUGCAUUGUUCCAAGAAUGGUGAUAGGGUAUAAAAGAAAACAUGAUUUACUCAAGCCCCCGAUCCUAAUGGAAAUCUACGACGAUCCGAUAACGGUGCAAGUGACUAUUGAGAAGAGUAACACCCGAGUUUGUAAGAUUUCAGAGGUCAAUAACGAACAUAUGCUGUCCACAUACAAAGUAUUUACAAUUACCGGCAGUAAUAACAGUCAAAAACAACGUGAAAUCACCAAGAAGAUAUGGCUUUACCCUAUGUACAAGAACGAAGUCAGAGCCUUUGCAGUUCGAGUGAUUCUGGAAGCCUUCUAUCAAACCAGUAACGUGUUUUCACAUAUCAAUGACUUGCAUCAAAUCUGCGAUGAUAUUGUGGAGGAACCAACUUCCACUAUUGAGCCGGAAAGUAUAACAAUUGCUCCCACAAUCGAGGCUUUGUUUACAACAGUUGAUUUUGAAAUAGAUAAAGCGACUUCAACAGUUGAGCCUGAAAGUCUAACUAUUGCUCCUACAACUGAGCCUACAUUUACAUUCGAUGUUUCUGAUAUAGAUGAACCCACUUCAACUAUUGAGCGUGAAAGUCAAACUAUUUCUCACACAACUGAGUCUAUAUUUACAACCUUUGGUCCUGAUAGUAUCCAAACAACGAGUCCUACUUGUACUGACGACUAUCACCAAUUCAGAGAAAAUUCACCAUUCAAUUUGGUUGAUACAUCCAAAAUAAUUUCAAUCAACAAAGUAAAAGGCUCUUGUUUAAAUUUAAAUAAAAAGAGAGUUCUUAUUCAAAGCCUGAAUCUGACGAAUAGUUUCUCUUCCACCGAACACAUCCAGGACCUGCAGCUAAAAGAUGGCUGUUUGGUUCAAAGCACCACCGUCAACAGAGAUCUACGCCUGUCUUUAGAUUGCACCACGGGUUCAUUCAAGUGCAAAGUGACCUUUCCGUGUGUAAUUCCUAGAGUACUGCUGACGUACUACUAUGUAUUAGCAGGUAUACAACCAACUCUCGGAAGGGUUACGGUUGAUGUCCACGACGGACCGAUUGAUUUGGUGUUGAACUUUGUCAGGGACAACAAUGACAAGUGUACAGUUCUGAAUGAACUAGACGACACUCUUUUGGCCAAAUACCGAGUGGUUAUGAACUUUAAGGAUGGGAACAAUAAAGGGCAAUAUCAAUCUAGGGUUAAGACUUUAAUGGAAGACUUAGUACAAAAAGGCUGGCCAUAUUACUCAUACAAAGAAGAAGUCAAACGGUUCCUGAUCGAGAUCUUCAUAGAAAUUUACCAUGGAAAACUCAGCUUAUUUAAUCUGGACGGUAAACAACUGAGGUUAAAGCAAUACUGCAAGAGCUUGACCAUUCAACCAUCGAUUCCAACAGAGAAGCCAACGAUGGAACCACCGAUUCCAACGCCCAGUAUAGACCCAGUAAGUCUACCCCCGACGUGUAGAGAUGAAUACCUUUACAAUAGAACGCAAGAGUUUAACAUUAUCGAUCCAACACUUGUGCUCAAGUAUAUUGACAUGCCUAAUGAAUGUGUCAAUCCAUCGUGGAAAAGAGUUCUGAUCAAAGACCGCCAACUAUCUCCCUAUCCUCUACAUCAUUCCCAGUACAAAAAUGUACAGAAAGUGCUUAGUGAUGGCUGCUUAGUGCAAAGUAUAACUCUUCCGUACCGUGUACAACUAACCACUGAGUGUAUAUCGAAUUCAAACAUUUGUGUGGUCACUAUUCCUUGCAUUGUUCCAAGAAUGGUAAUAGGAUAUAAAAGAAAACAUGAUUUACUCAAGCCCCCGAUCCUAAUGGAAAUCUACGACGAUCCGAUAACGGUGCAAGUGACUAUUGAGAAGAGUAACCCGAGUUACACCCGAGUUUGUAAGAUUUCAGAGGUCAAUAACGAACAUCUGCUGUCCACAUACAAAGUAUUUACAAUUACCGGCAGUAAUAACAGUCAAAAACAACGUGAAAUCACCAAGAAGAUAUGGCUUUAUCCUAUGUACAAGAACGAAGUCAGAGCCUUUGCAGUUCGAGUGAUUCUGGAAGCUUUCUACCAAACCAGUAACGUGUUUUCACAUAUCAAUGACUUGCAUCAAAUCUGCGAUGAAAUUGUGGAGGAACCAACUUCCACAAUUGAGCCGGAAAGUAUAACAAUUGCUCCCACAAUCGAGGCUUUGUUUACAACAGUUGAUUUUGAAAUAGAUAAAGCGACUUCAACAGUUGAGCCUGAAAGUUUAACUAUUGCUCCUACAACUGAGCCUACAUUUACAUUCGAUGUUUCUGAUAUAGAUGAACCCACUUCAACUAUUGAGCAGUACUGCUGA